GGAGCUCGUGGGCGACUGCCACGCACUGUUGGCUCGCUCUAGCUCGCGCGCCGCCUGUUGCUCUCUGCUCCUGGCCGCCCGUUUCCCGCUGGGGAGGUAGGCGGACCAAGAGCACCAGCGCGUGGGCGGCCUCCCGCCUUCCUCUCCUCCUGGCGCAAGGGUGAUCGAGGGACCCCCGGGCGUCCCCGACAGCGCGGACGCCGCCAGCUCCCGGCGCGUCCUAGCCUGCGUACUCAGACCCCCUAGGCACCUCUCCGGCAUGAACGCGAGCUUCCUGAACCACAGCGGCCUGGAAGAGGUGGGUGGUGACGCCCGAGCCACCCUGGGAAACCGUAGCCACGGGCUGGGCACGUGGCUAGACUGCUGCCCCGGGGGCGCACCGCUGACCGCCAGCGACGGGGUCCCCGCGGGACUGGCGCCCGACGAACGCAGCCUGUGGGUGUCGCGAGUGGCGCAGAUCGCAGUGCUCUGCGUGCUGUCGCUCACCGUGGUCUUCGGCGUUUUCUUCCUGGGCUGUAACCUGCUCAUCAAGUCCGAGAGCAUGAUCAACUUUCUGAUGCAGGAGCGCAGGCCCUCCAAGGACGUGGGCGCCGCCAUCCUGGGACUGUAUUGAGCGCCGGCCACCCUUGCCAGCGUCGGAGCACCGCGAGGAAAGGACCACCGAGCCUCUUUCUCAAAGCUUUGACUGCUGCCUGCAAUCAACGAAGUACCUCGCACCACCUGGGCCUGGACAAGAUAGGACUCAACGGCGGCGGUGCGCGAAGGGACUGUCACGCCGGACUCUGUCCUAUGUGCGCUCAAGCACGGGCCAGGGACGCGGGGUUCUUCACAGGUUUUUUACAAAGAGAAGGUCGGGCAGAGUGGGAGACAGAGAUGGGGAGAUGCAAUGAGGGGCCAAGGUUACUGCCGCAGGGAUAUCGGGCGCGUUGGUGGGGACCAGCUCCAAGGAGGGCUCAGGGAAGAGGUGCAUCACUGAGAUUUUGCAUCUGAUCUCACAUUGCGUCUGACAAAAAAUUUUGUAAUAAAAUCAUGGCCAUCGGG